CCCAAAUGCUGAUGUGUUACAAGAAAUUGAACAGCAGCGACUCUCAUUUUUCUUGUUUUUGGUACAGUGAAAUAAUAUUGGAGUGCAGAGGUAGCGGGUCAGAGGUCCAUGUCAAAGAAGAGGAAAGAAGAAGAGAGCAGCACCUGGUCUGAGAGCGAAUGGCGCCCAAAGGGAAGGUUGGCACAAAGGGAAAGAAGCAGAUCUAUGAGGAGAACGAGGGGACUCUAAAGUUCUACACACGAGUCAUCCUCGGAGCUAAUGCAAUAUAUGCUGCUGUAAAUCUUUUGAUGUUCUACAGUUCAUCCACAUUUUGGACAUGGCUGUUUCUCGUGUUUGCACUAUCAGUGUACAUCGGGAGUUACCGCUCCAUGUCUGCUAUGGCAAAGCCAGUGUUUGCUGACGAUGGAAGUCUCCUCGAUGGAGGAAUAGACUUAAACAUGGAGCAGGGAAUGGCAGAGCACCUGAAGGACGUUAUCCUGCUUACAGCCAUAGUACAAGUGCUCAGCGUAAUCUCGUCUUAUUUCUGGUAUCUUUGGCUGCUGGCCCCGGCCCGUGCCCUGCACCUGCUGUGGGUAAACAUCCUGGGCCCCUGGUUUACAGCAGAAAGCCCCUCAGCACCAGAGGAGGUGAACGAGAAGAAGCAGAGAAGACAAGAGCGCAGACAGAUGAGGAGAUUCUGAUGCUGCAGAGCAGACGGAGCAGUAUUUUUGUACACAGAAUCUAAUAUACAGAUAGCAUGGAACUCAUAAGUUAUUCAGGAAGAAAUUUUGUUAUUAAGUUAAACUCAACCCAAAUCUGAUAAUGUGGAAUCUUGUUUUCCAUGUUUGUUUUCUUUCUGUUUUCUCCUGUAAUCCAAUUUUCUCCCCAAAUUAUGAAAUGAAAUGUUCCCUAUUUAGAUAAUGUCACGGUCCAAAUAUCAUUUGUCCUCAUGCAGAGAUAUUAGAGUUUUGCUAUUGCACAAUGCCGUCACACUGCCCCCCUGCAGAUUUCCAUCAACCCCACCCCCCCUCACAGCAACCCCCCAAUACACUGAUGAAAUGAUGCCAGAGGCUCUUCUGUCAUGGCAUGUUUUUAUUUUUAUUUUGUAGUUUUUGACAAAUGUAACAGAAUUAUUCAGCAAUCCGUCAUUACAGAGCAGAGAGAUUUUGUUUGUGAGCUAUUAAAGUCUUAUAAAAAAAAUCAACUGGAUAGAAUUCAAGUUUUAAUAGGAAAAUGGGAACAUUUUUGCAAUAAAAACUUCCUCCAAUGUGUGGAGUCGAUCACGUGUUUCAAGAAAAUAGUUUUUGUUUGUUUUUUUUCAAAUUUGUCAGAAAGGCUUGUUGCUGUUAUGAAAGUUAAAUCUCACUGCUCUCCGUUACUUAAAAAGCUAUUGUAUACACUUUUCACCAGGAGGCUAAAUCUUGCUUAUAGUGCCUUAAAGUCCCUCUGCAGUCACAGUUGUGUUACAUCACUUCAAUGUUUGAGCUUCACUGUAAGGAAAAUGAUGUAUGAUGAGUUUUUACAUUUGCAUAUUCAUAGAUUUGGGAUUUUUCAGGGAGGAGAAGGAGGUGUUAUUUUAGAAAUUUUAAGGUAAUUGUACUUUUUUUUGUGUAAAAACCAUAUUAGACACAAAUUUACUCAAUGCAGAGUAUUUUAAUAUAUCUUGAAACAUGUUUACAGGGGAUCUUGAAUUAAAUCAUUUCAGCAGUGGAAUUUUUUUCUUUUCAAAGUGUUGGGUCCACCGCCAACCACUUUUCUAACAUCAAGGCUUGUGAUGUAGUUCUCAGAGUUAAUGGGGGGAUUUUAGCCUCCUAAAUCAGACGCAGGAAUGUUUGGCCAAAGUUAAAGUCUGUGCUGUGCUCUAACGGCUGUGACAAUUCACCUUGUUGAGUCCGAAGUUGUGUCGAAACUAGUAGAAAAAUGUUCAGUUCAUUUAAAUUGCUCUGCAUUCAGUCUUAAUUGUGUGAUUGUGUUAGAAAAAAAACAUUAAAAUGUCAAACUGUGCAGCACAUUCAGCA